AUGGCUCACAAUUCAUAUGGCCUCGCAGGGGCCGAGUCCUCAUCAAACCCGCUUCGCUUUGAUGGCCAGACAGUUGUCGUCACUGGCGCUGGUGGUGGCCUCGGCAAGGCAUACGCUCUGUUCUUCGCUUCUCGCGGUGCCAACGUCGUUGUGAACGAUCUUGGUGGCUCGUUCAAGGGUGAGGGCAAGUCGUCAAAGGCCGCAGACGUAGUAGUUGAGGAGAUCAAGGCAGCUGGAGGCAAGGCCGUCGCCAACUACGACUCGGUCGAAGACGGUGACAAGAUCAUCGACACGGCCAUCAAGGCAUUUGGCAGAAUCGAUGUCUUGAUCAACAAUGCCGGUAUCCUCAGGGACAUCAGCUUCAAGAACAUGAAGGAUGAUGACUGGGACUUGAUCAUGAAGGUCCACGUCAGAGGUGCAUACAAGUGUGCCAGAGCAGCAUGGCCGCAUUUCAGAAAGCAAAAGUACGGCAGAGUCAUCAACACAGCAUCCGCAGCUGGUCUGUUCGGUAGCUUUGGUCAGACCAACUACUCUGCUGCCAAACUUGCACAAGUCGGUUUCACAGAGACACUCGCAAAGGAGGGUCUCAAGUACAAUAUUCUCGCCAACGUCAUCGCUCCUAUCGCCGCAUCCAGAAUGACACAAACCGUUAUGCCCCCAGAUGUCCUCGAGAACCUGAAGCCCGAUUGGGUCGUCCCCUUGGUCGCCGUUCUUGUGCAUCCCUCAAACACAGAAGAGACAGGAAGCAUCUUCGAAUGCGGUGGUGGUCACAUUGCAAAGCUCCGAUGGGAGAGAGCCAAGGGUGCUCUGCUGCGUGCAGACGACAGCUACACUCCCGGUGCAUUGCUUUCCAAGUGGGACAAUGUCAACGACUUCAGCAAGCCUAGCUACCCUACCGGUGUUGCAAACUUCAUGGAGCUGCUUGAGGAGGCUCAAAAGCUACCGGCAAACCCUCCAGCCAAGAACCCUGACUUCAAGGGCAAGGUCGCUCUUAUCACUGGUGGAGGUGCUGGUCUCGGCCGCAUUUACUGCUUGCAGUUCGCAAAGUACGGCGCAAAGGUCGUUGUCAAUGACUUGAUGAACCCCGACGAUGUUGUGCAGGAGAUUCAAAAGCUCGGCGGUGAGGCUGUCGGUGUCAAGGCUUCGGCAGAAGACGGCGAUGCUGUUGUCAAGGCUGCCAUUGAUGCUUAUGGCCGUAUCGACAUCAUUGUCAACAACGCAGGUAUCCUCCGUGACAAGGCCUUCGCCAACAUGGACGACAAGCAGUUCGAUCAGGUAUUGGACGUCCACUUGAGAGGUACCUACAAGGUUACCAAGGCUGCAUGGCCUUACUUCUUGAAGCAGAAGUACGGCAGAGUCGUCAACACCACUAGCACCAGUGGUAUCUACGGUAACUUUGGACAAGCCAACUACGCUGCUGCCAAGUGCGGUAUCCUCGGUUUCUCCAGAGCUCUUGCUAGAGAAGGUCAGAAGUACAACAUUCUGGUCAAUACAAUUGCACCCAAUGCUGGUACCAACAUGACUCGUACUAUCAUGCCUGAAGAGAUGGUUCAGGCUUUCAAGCCCGACUACGUUGCUCCUCUUGUCGUGGCUCUGAGCUCCGACCUCGUUCCUAAGCCCGGCACUGGCGCUUUGUACGAAGUUGGUUCCGGUUGGGCUGCUCAGACCCGCUGGCAGCGAACGGGCGGCCACGGCUUCCCUGUUGAUGUUCAGUUGACUCCCGAGCAUGUCCGCGCACAGUGGAAGAGAAUCACCGACUUCAGCGACGGUCGUGCUGAUCACCCUGCUGACGGCAAUGAUGGCUUGAAGUCUAUCAUGGCCAACAUGGAGAACAGAAGCUCCGGUUCAAAGCCUGCCAAGAAGGAGGCCGGCAAGAAUGACGAGGUCCUUGCAGCCAUCGAGAAGGCCAAGAAGGCUACACCCCAGGGCACAGAGUUCAAGUACGACGAGAGAGAUGUCAUUCUUUACAACCUUGGAUUGGGAGCCAAGCGUACCGACCUACCUUUCGUGUACGAAGGCGACGACAACUUCCAGGUCAUCCCGACCUUUGGCGUCAUUCCUCCUUUCAACGCAACCCCUCCCUUCUCUUUCGACGAAGUUGUACCCAACUUCUCACCUAACAUGCUGCUUCACGGAGAGCAAUUCCUCGAGAUCAAGACCUUCCCUAUUCCCACUGAAGCCACUCUGGUGGCAUACCCUAAGCUGGUAGAGGUUGUGGACAAAGGCAAUGCCGGUGUCGUAACAUACGGCUCCAUGACCAAGGACAAGAACACAGGCAAAGAGCUGUUCUACAACGAGUCGACUGUCUUCAUCCGUGGUUCAGGUGGCUUCGGUGGCCCUAAGAAGGGCACUGACAGAGGUGCUGCCACCCGUAUCUACAAGGCUCCCUCGCGUAAGCCUGAUGCUGUGGUUGAGGAGAAGACCAGCGAAGACCAGGCUGCCAUCUACCGCUUGUCUGGAGACCGCAACCCAUUGCACAUUGACCCUGCAUUCUCCAAGGUCGGUGGCUUUGAGACUCCUAUCCUUCACGGUCUCUGCUUCUUCGGCUUCGCUGGCAAGGCUGUCCUGCAGACAUAUGGCGAGUUCAAGAACGUCAAGGUCAGAUUUGCAGGCGUCGUCCUGCCUGGACAGACUCUAAUCACUGAGAUGUGGAAGGAAGGCAAUGUUGUCAUCUUCCAGACAAAGGUCAAGGAAACCGGCAAGCUUUGCAUUUCUGGAGCUGGUGCCGAGUUGCUCAAUGCCUCACCGAAGAGCAAGCUGUAA